GCUGCCAUGAGGUGGCCAUGACAUGACACCUUGCGCUUGAGCCUCAAGCCACUUCUUUCAUUUUCCUUUACCAUCAUAUUUUCAUGGACGCAUUUGAGGGAUUCAAGCAUCAUGUUGUGUUUCAGAAUUUAAACGUGCGACAUCUUGUUGAGCCAUCUCCAGUCACUCUUGACCUUGCGCGCGAGAUCCGCUAUUGUGUUAUUGCCGUCUGCGUCACCUUCGCUACUGUAUCAAUAUUUAAAUCUUGGAUGUCAAACACUAAACGACCUUCCUCUUGAGGUGGGCAUUGUGUCGUCCACAAAAGUCUUCGCAUUGUAUAACAUCCACCAUGAAGAUCACUCUUUCCUCCUCACUGCUCUCCCUUCUCUGGGCAGCGUCAUCCCUUGCUCAAAAUGUCGUCGACGAAAUGUCUUUCGGACAUAAACAGACCAUCUCGCCAAACUCCUUUGCCAUUCCUGGUUGGGCCAUGCUGGGCGAAGGACAUGUGCCGCAACUGUUGUCGGACAAAGUCAUCCUUACACCUCCGUAUGGCGGCCACAAGCGGGGGGCACUAUGGACCGAACAGAAGAACUCAUUACAAGAUUGGACUGUGGACUUCAAAUUCCGAGCAAGCGCUGCAGAUAGAGGCAGUGGGAAUUUGCAGCUGUGGUACGUGGCAAACGGAGACAAAACAGUGAGCACUUCGAGCAUAUACACCGUGGGGAAUUGGGAAGGACUAGCAAUAGUGGUCGAUACAGUAGGAGGAGUGCAAAAGAUUCGAGGGUUUCUCAAUGACGGAACUGUCGAUUACAGAAACCACGCGAACGUGGACAGCCUAGCAUUUGGACAUUGCGACUACGUCUACCGCAAUCUCGGGCGACCGUCUCACAUCAACGUGAGACACUCUCGCGCCGGAGGCCUCGAAGUCCGUGUCGAUGAUAAAAUGUGCUUCACCACGGCAAAGAUCUCCCUACCAUCGGAUUAUGGCUUUGGGAUGACCGCAGCAUCAGCAGAUCCUCCUGACUCCUUCGAAGUGUUUGCCUUCACUCUGUCGCCCAUAACCACGCUACCAACCCAACAAGGUACGAACCACCAAGCAUUUUCCCAAAAUCAAAAUCAAGGCCAGGGGAUGAUGCAGAUGGACGAUCACCCGGCGUCCUACUACACCACGACAGAAACCCAAUUCGCAGACCUCCACAAUCGCCUCAACCUCAUCUCCAAAUCCAUCCAGAACCUCUUCGCCGAAGUCCAACGCGUCUCUUCCACCUUGGAGUCCCGGCACGCCGAAAUCCUGGCGCGCAUGCCAAAUUCCCAAUCCAUUAUUAGUCUUGAUAACCGGAUGGCGAAUCUCGACCGGGUCGUCUCCUCUCUGGAGAAGGAGUUGAAGAGCGGUGACCACCGCACGCAGUUUGCGAAGAUAAGUGAGCAAAUCGCGCAGACCCACGUCGGGGUGACGGAAGACGUGCCACAAAGGUUAAGGGAAUAUGUCAUCGCGCACACGCCCAGGAUCGGAUUCAUCCUGUAUAGUUUUAUGGCGUUCCAGACAUGCUGCAUUGGCGCGUUUGUAUGGUAUAAAUGGCGAAAGAGUACGAUGCCUAAGAAAUACCUGUAGGACUAAUGGGACCACGGCGAGUUUAUGGUCACUAGCUAGCUCGAAAAUGGGCCCUUUUGUGGAGUUGGGAAAAUGGUUGAACGAAUGCAAAGCAAGAAAAAUGCUCCUGCGCUUUGGUCUAUCUAUCUCUUGCGACCUGUCCUGAGGGCAGUUGGUCUAUCAUCCCGUCGUAGCUACAUAUUCC